ACUUAAGACAGAAAUGUCAAGACCUGAAACGUUAAUAUAACCUAAAAAAAUUGUAUUUUUCGUAAAAUUUGUCUUUUAAACAAAAUAUUAAAUUACUCAAAAUGGCUUCAACUUCAACAGUAACAUCUACUAAAAUGGAAAAAGCGAAUCAUAAAACUAAAGAUAACGACUUAAAGGAAGCUGUGAAAUCUAAAGAUUUAGACGAAGUUUUGCAAAAAGUAACUGCUGUCGAUACUGUGUGUUGUUUUACAAAAUGUAAGAAUCGCACGAAGGAUUUUGCUAUACAAUGUAAAUACUGUAGUAAAAGGUUUUGUACAACUCAUGGGUUACCUGAAAUACAUGGUUGUGGCGAAGCAGUCCGAAGGGACGAGAAGCGAAAAUUUCUACAUCCCGACACGAAAUUAUCACAAGAAAAACACUCGCAGGCCCAUACCAAAUUAUCUAUGAAGCUAAAACAAAUGCAGUUGGAGAGGAAACCUAAGCAAAAUUUGUCAAAUAAACAGAAAAAGUAAUGUUUUCGCUAAUUUGUUUUCUAAUAUUUAAAAAUACAUUAACUGAGCUUUACAUAUAAAUAGCUGUGUCUGUAACUGAAUCCUAAACAUGUAUAUAUGAAAAUGAAUUCAAAUCACUGCCUCAAAAUAGAUAUUUUGGAAAGGUACAAUGUUAAAAACAAAAUUAAUUAAGAAAAUAUUUAUUCAGAUGUGAAAAAUACUGAUUUACAUGUUAUUAUUUACACCGUAUAAUUGAAUAACUAACUAUCCUGAAAUAAUGGCAUAAUUUUAAGGUGCACUGUUAACAAAAUGUAUAAGAAUGUUCAAUUUUCAACCGUUUGUGCCACUUUACGUAAUAAAAAUUUAAUACAAGGACUAUCGUCACUGUAAACAUAUUGGUCAUAAUACAUAUAGGCCGGGUUUGAUAGUAAAGGCUGUAAACUUUAUUCUCAGUAUUCCCACUACGAAAAUGGGGCUUAAAUUUAACUAUUAUAUUUCAAAUAAAGUUACGGAAACCUUGAAAAAUAAUUAAUAUCGCUUAUCUAUCGUUUAGCUUGACGGUAGAGAGCAAUUUUAUUUUAAUAAAACGAACACAGUGUGUCUAAUAAACUUUGGUUUCAACUUUGGUAACAACGAAGAGAAGACUUCCCAAAAAUGAUCAUUCCGUAUAGAACACAAGACAAUAAUUUGAAUGUAAUAGUGGUAAGAGAAGUAUGCCAAUAAUAGAAACAUCGUCACUCUUCAGUAAUAGAAAUGCUGUUACUCAUCGGACGCAAACACUACAUCAAUUAAAUUAUAGUAAAUUUUGUUAAUUAAAAUUUAUACUCCGUUUAUAAUAAAAUCCACGGUGACGAAUAUGAUGCAAAUUAUGGACCAUACAAUUAUAAA